CAGCUGUCAACUUUUGGAGUGUUUGACUGACGACGUUCGCUCGAGUUGCUUGCUGUUACUUGAUCGCUAAACUAAUGCGCUGUUAUUAGUCUAAAAUAAUCAAGUUUGCCUGCAAAAACGCAAAAAUGAGCAUCAGCGAACACAGCGAAGACGGACAGCUCAUCAGUCCGGAUCAUUUCGGUGCGGAUGAAACAACCGAUUCACUGGAUAUCAAACCUCCGCAAGCGGCAGCCGCCGAAUACUACUCUUCCAAGCGAAAAGAAAAGAAAUCGAAACAUUCCCGGGAUCAUCAUCACCACAGUUCGUCCGCUGGAGGGAGAGAACAUUACUCAAGCUCGCGGCGAGAUUAUCGGAGUGGACACCGGGAGCGGGAACGUGACCGUUAUCAUCACAGUCGAAGCGGACGGGAGCGCAGCGGUCACGAAAAGGACCCAAGAUAUCAUUCUUCGUCCGGAGGAAGUGGUCACCAUUCUAGGGACGCCCGUUACGAAAUGAAUCCAUUUUACGGCGAAGUACGUGAAACUUACCAUAGCAAAAGGGAACGGAAUCGUGAGUACUACGAGAAGGAAAGAAGUAGCCGAAGCAAAAAAGAAUCCGAGAAACCUGAUGCCGAUAAGCUAUUGGAAGAUUUGAGGACACGUUUACUGAACAAAAAAAGUCGAUAUGAUUCCUCAAAGCACCACCAGGAUCAAGCGCAACAGCUGCAGGAUCUUCAAAUGCAGCAGCAGCAGUACGAAGCGGAAAACCGCCGAGAAAAGCGGCAUCGCCAUCGGUAUCAGGAACGAAAAGUGCAACAAACGGAAAUGGAGUACGUCGAAAUUAUGGAGAGUCCAGAAUACCCAGCGGAACAGAGUGCCGAAGAAACGGCCGAGAUGAAAAGCAAGGAGCAUAACGAACGUAGGGCUAGGCUUAUUGAAGCGGAAAGGCAAAUGGCAAAGCGCAAAGAAGCGGCCCGAGAUGAACUGGAGUUCCGACGCCUGCUGCGUCAGGAGCGCAAUAAUAUCGAACCGUCGCCGGAGGAAAAAUCCAAGAAGCAAAUCACAAAUCAGUUUGAAGACGAUUAUGAUGAAGAUGAGGUACAAAUGGAAAGUCCGGAGGAAGCAAUGAAAAAGAAAAAGAAGAAGAAAAAGGCGAAAAAGCAGGCUGAUUCAGAACAGUCCAACGAUGAGGAGAUUAUUACAGACGAGGAAGAGGAAGAGGAUACUAAUUCGGAUAGUUCUACGUCUAGUAGUGAAUCAGAUGAUUCGCAGGAAGUUUCGGACGAUGAAAAACCCCCAGCCAGUCCACUGUCGGUGGGUGACUUAGUGAAGUCAGAUCGGAGGCAUAGAAGUGAAUCUCGUUCCCGCUCUGGAUCAAGAUACCGAUCGCGUUCCCGUUCACGAUCAACGCGCUCAAGAUCUGGCUCGGAAUCAAGUCGCAGCCGAUCACGAAGCCCACGUAGGCGUCACGAAAGUAGUCGCAGUAUUUCACCUAAAUCUGAUCACGGCAGAGAUCAAGAUCAGAAUAAAAAAUCCAAGGAAAAAGAGGAACCCAAAUCACCACCAAUGGUGGUGGAAGAGGAAGAACAACUUCCUCCCUAUAUUCCCGGCAUUCAAGGUUGUCGGUCGGUGGAAGAAUUCCAGUGUCUCAAUCGCAUAGAAGAAGGAACCUAUGGAGUGGUUUACCGUGCGAAGGAUAAACGAACGGAAGAAAUUGUUGCCCUCAAACGGCUCAAAAUGGAGAAGGAGAAAGAAGGCUUUCCAAUAACGUCGUUGAGGGAAAUCAACACUCUGCUCAAGGGUCAACAUCCGAACAUUGUGACCGUGCGGGAGAUUGUUGUUGGUAGUAACAUGGAUAAGAUCUUCAUCGUGAUGGAUUAUGUUGAGCACGAUUUGAAAUCACUGAUGGAAACUAUGAAGCAUAAAAAACAAGUUUUCCUACCUGGUGAGGUGAAGUGUCUAACUCAGCAGUUACUGCGAGCCGUGGCUCAUCUGCACGACAACUGGAUCCUUCAUCGAGAUUUGAAAACAUCCAAUCUGCUUUUAUCACACAAAGGGAUCCUGAAGGUGGGCGAUUUCGGACUGGCUAGAGAGUACGGAUCGCCGCUGAAAGCGUAUACAUCGAUUGUCGUAACGCUUUGGUACCGUGCACCGGAAUUGCUGCUCUGUUGCAAGGAGUAUUCCACCCCGAUCGACAUCUGGUCCGUGGGAUGUAUCUUCGCGGAGUUUCUUGCGAUGGGUGCACUCUUUCCGGGCAAAACCGAGAUUGACCAGUUGAAUCGAAUCUUCAAAGAGCUCGGCACACCGAACGAGAAAAUCUGGCCCGGAUACAAUCAGUUGCCGGCCGUGCAGAAGAUGACUUUCACCGAGUAUCCGGUGUCCAAUUUGCGCAAGCGGUUCGCCCAUCAGACCAGUGAGCUUGGCAUUUCCCUGCUGCAGGGAUUGUUGACCUUUGAUCCGAAGCAGCGCCUAACGGCGGAAGGAGCUCUUAAGCAUAGCUAUUUUAAAGAGCUGCCGCUGCCGAUCGAUCCGGCAAUGUUUCCUACCUGGCCAGCGAAAAGUGAACUUGGGUUGAAACGGGCGUUGGCAUCCAGCCCGAAGCCGCCUAGCGGUGGAGGCGAGUUCAAGAAGUUGGGAGAUGACGCCGUUCCAGAGAAUCCUGGUUUCCAUUUGGGAGGAACUUAUACCGAAUCCCGGCAGAUGGCUAUGGGUCCAGGCUUUAGUUUGAAGUUUUGAUAAAGAAGGUAAUUUUCUACUGCUGUUGUAGGUGGAAAAAGCUAAUCAUAUGUCUAUAAUACACUAUCUGUGGAGAGUU